AUGCCGGAGACACGAUCGAAAUCCAGCAACAAGGUUAUGGACGAACGACUUCAAGCAGUUGAACAGCAAUUGACUACGGUAACGACACUGCAAGAAUCGGUCUUCCACAUGACAACGCAACUUCAGGCAAUGGCGCGAAAUUUAGAAGAGGUCACCACUGUUCUCCAGAACCCAGAACAGCCUCGGCUUACCGGCAGACCAAAUGGGAACAACAAUGGACGAUCGCGCGCAACCCAGUUUACCAAGAUGGAGUUCCCAAGGUUUUCAAGGACAGACGUAGUGGCUUGGAUUCUAAAGUGCGAACGAUUUUUCGAACUGGAUGAAACGGCAGCCGACGCGAAGGUUAAAAUCGCCAGCCUACAUCUUGAUGAUCGCGCUUUUCAGUGGCAUAUAGCGUGCGAAAAACAAUGGGCAGGAAACCCACCGUCAUGGGAGGAGUAUGUCGCGCUUCUCAAAGAUUGUUUUGGACCGGCUUACGAGUCUCCAAUUGGCGAUCUUCUGCGACUGCGUCACAAGGGAACUCUCGCCGAUUUCAAUGAGGAAUUCGAUUUAGUCUCGGCUAAGGUGGGGUUCAACGAAACUCAAUUAGUCGACGCCUACUUAAACUUGAUUAAAGAAGAAAUCGCUGGCCCAGUCCGAAUGUUCAAGCCCAAGUCCAUGCGAGAAGCCAAGAGUCUUGCAAGAAUGCAAGAACUCACGAAUGAACGCCUCGGUGAGAAGAAGCCGUGGGAUAAGGGACCCAAGAUCGCAACACCUGUGAAUUGGGUGGCACCAGCGUCACGUAACACGUCCUCUUGGAGUAAGGAGGGACAUGCAAACAGUGGGCCCCAUCCGAAGGGAAAUUUCAAUUCGGCCACGACUAAACCCCAAUCUUUUGCCAUCAAGAAUUCUCCCAGGGUGUCCAAAGCAUCGACCGCGGAAGAAGAGGCUGAGCACCGACAGAAAAACCUUUGUUUUUAUUGCCAUGAUAAAUUCUCCAAGGAUCACAAAUGUCCCCAGCGAAGGAGGAUGCUUCUGCACUUUAUUGAAUAUGAAGAAGCAGAAGUGGAAAAUGACCCCGACCUAGAGCUAGUAGCAAAAGAUGACGAGGUCACUCCUACCAUCUCAUUGCAUGCUAUCAGUGGGGUUGAUGAUGCAGAUUCAAUGAGACUACAAGGCUACGUUGGGAGACGUCCUAUACAGAUUUUAAUAGACAAUGGGAGUACACACGACUUCCUUGAUCUAACUAUAGCUCAAAAAUUGGGUUGGAAAACUGAUUAUGUACAUAAUUCACAUGUACAGGUUGCAGGAGGCAAGAUGUUGAAGGUUCACGGACUCUGGAGGGACUUCAAGUGGAAGAUGCAAGGAUUGGACUUCACCUUUGACUUUAGGAUAUUGGACUUACAUACCUAUGAUAUGGUGCUGGGCGUGAAAUGGCUAAAAAGCAUCAAAAAUGCCUUUUGGGACUACGAAAGGAUGGUCAUGUAUUUCUGGAAAAAUGACCAGAUAUGCAAAUUGCAAGCGAAUCCUCCCAAUACGUGGCAGAUCAUCCAAUCUCAGAAGGCUGAAUUGAAUUUUCUACAGCACAGCCAAAAAUUUCUGGUGCAUCUAGUUCAGGCUAAUAACAGGGAGUUGGAGUGUUUUUCAGUUUCUAGUAUUGAUGAAAAUGCCACUGCUCUAAUUCAAAAAACGUUAGAUGGUUUUCAGGACAUAUUCAGAGAGCCAAGGGAGCUUCCACCCCUUAGAGAGGGUCAUAACCACCCUAUUAUAUUACAGGAGGGCACAGAUCCUAUCAGCAUUAAGCCAUAUAGAUAUCCAGCUGCGCAAAAGGAUGUCAUAGAGAAGCUGAUUACAGAACUACUCCAUCAGGGGUUUUGCAAGAGAGUUCUUCUCCUUUCUCAACACCAAUUGUCCUAG